UUAUUACUGAUGAGACCUGGCCUGGUAUUUACACACGCGAGUGCCAGCCAGCAGGCGACGUCCGUGGCCGAGUGCCGCCAUUAGCGAAGGAGUCCUGCUCAACGAAGCACACAUCGGGCGCAGCGUCCUGCAGGGUCCCUGACGCUGUAUCCUUCCUUCCCGAAGCUUCUUUCGAAAUGGCCCACAUCGUCGUCCUACUCCUGACGGCGCUGCUCUCCUCCGAGCUUGGCGGGGCAGCCGUCAUCGACUUGACUUGGAGUCUUAGGAAGGUGAGAGCGACGCGGGUUAACGGCACAACGACGGAGAAGCUCCAGUUGCCAUGGAAAAUGGAUUGCGCGGCCUCUGGGCUGAACCGGGACUGGUGCAACAUGUUCUGCUUCGAUGGGAUCACCUGUCAUCUGACCGACACCAUCUUGGUGGAUCCCUUUGAGGAAGAGGAUGAUGUCGGCACCAUAGACUGUUGGACUUCGCGCCGAAGGACCAGUCCCUGCCCGGUACCAUAUGAACAGGUACCGAACGUCGGCUGUGUCAACCUUCUGGAGAAGAACUACACAUGGUCUGACGCGCGAUCGGUAUGCCAGAAACGAGGGGGCGACCUGGCCACUCCAGUCAGCCUCCAUGCCCUCGCUGACUACAUGAUAGGGAUAGGAGUGACUGCCGAGUAUUGGGUGGGAGCGCUUAUCUCUUCAGGAUGGCUUGAUGGCCGUUCCAUUAACGCCAGUGACUUUGUAAGCUUUGAGCCUGAUUACACGGGAGACUGCGUAAGAAUGAAGCGAAGUUACAAUUACCUUUUGGGUGAUACCGAUUGCACCAACCCCAAGAGGGGCGUGUGUGAGUACUAACGGACGCUCACUUCUUUGAAUUAAGAGAAAAAAGGACCACCUGCAUCAAUAAUUAUCACUGUGACUGGAAGGUAGCAUAAUUCAUCAUAAGCAAGACUAGGAGGCAGUUUUCUUGCCAAAAGAAAGAAAGAAAGAAAGAAAGAAAGAAAGAAAAGCUUCAGUUGGCUAUAAACACAGAAUUUUGGUCGCUACACUUUUCUAGUUUACAGCAGAUGACCAUCUUUAUUUCCCUUCCUGUCAUUUGAAAGGGAACUAUCUAUAUUUUCUCUAUUCUUACCCAGUCUGAACGAUUGUAUGAACGACUGUCUGAACGAUUGUCGUUAUCGACACACACACUAUUCAGACAGUAUGAACGAUCUCUGCACCGAUUUCAGUCUGAACAAAUAUUUUGUCUCGGGAAGACACGGCAUCAUCUCUAGAGGAGACGCGCGCGACAGCAUUAUAUCGGCAGACAAACACAUACUACAUUGAACGACCUCUGUAUGACAGACUUAAGUAGCAAAACAGCAACCUGGUCUUGACAGAUUCCCACUGAGAUCGUUCAGACACGAAGCUCCUCCCACUUUUGCAUUCAGACAAGCCCAUACACAUGUUUUUGCGAACGAUACAGACAAUCGUUCAGUGUCUGGGGGCCUUAAGAAGACCACCAAUAGGAAUCAACGACAAUAGCCCACUGAAAAUGGAAAUAAUGGAGAGAGUAUUAAAUGGAUAAGAAAGACCUUAGAAGAGUAAACAAGAGAAAAGGAGAAACUAACGUCCCUGAAAGGAAUGAACAAGAAUCAACGCAUGAAAGAAGUCGGUACGGAGGAUAUUGGUAUUACGUUAAAACAGAUCGAAUAUGUUGGACCUGAAGGUUGCUUCAGAGGAAAACAAGCAGGACCAACUGUUCUCAUACACACUAAUUUAUUCUCGAGAUCUAAUCCUAAUCCCCUUUUGAUUCAGCAUGCAGGAGGAAAGGUGCUUACAAUAUAUUAGCAAUAACUUGUGGCGACCCAGACCACAUGUCAGUGGCUCAAGACCACACAGCAGCGAGCGUACUCACGAUGGCUGCCGACCUUGGUGGCAACAUUCGGGUGCGGCAGAAGUGCACGGUCCACACGAUAUAACAUUAGAGAUUAAAGUUACCUUAAAAAAAAAAUAACUGGUGGAAUUUACAAGACAAUGAAGGUUGGCUUUGUGGUUAUGGCAGGAGAAGGAUCAAGGGGUUAAUCCAGCCUUCAUUACAUAAAUUAGCGAGAAAACUAUAUAACUAAUUAUGACUUCAGUUGGAAAUUCAACAAGAGCUAUCACUAAAAGGAACCAUUAUGUAAUAGUGCGUUUGUCUUGUCUACAAGAAAGUCUAAUGUCUAUUAAACAUCAACAAUUGAUUGACCAGAAAUUAUAAUGACAUGGAACAAGAAAGAUUCUGAAUUUGUAUAUAAAUAAGUAAAACGGUCUCUGCUUCAUUGUGUCCAUUUCCUACCUCGACCGCCUUGUCCAAUUAACGGUUCAACACGUGAGCACUUUUCAAAAUUUGCUGAACUAAGACUUUAAAACAAUCUGAUACUAUGACUUCAGUGAUUUUCAUAUCCUAAAUUGUGUGAAAAUGAUAGCGAGGGUCAAUGAACCACAUCGAUUUGAGGAUGACCCUCUUACAUCACUCAGUUUGGUUCUUUCCAUGAUAAUCUUAAGUAUGACUUUCUGUGGUCCUGUUAGCAUAGAGAUGUAUAAAUUAUUAACUAUUGUACAGUUUUAGGUAUGUUAACACUGCAAUAUAAAAACACCGUAUCGUGCUAUUAAGAAAUCAAUAGAAGGAUCAACAGUAAUAUUCUUACCGUAUCGUGGUUUUAAGAAAUCAAUAGAAGGAUCCACAGUAAUAUUCUUGUUU